CAAGAGUAAUUCUUAUCGGCACUUCGUCACAUACAUCUCAGACUUCGCAAAGAAAUGAACAACAUGAAAGGUGAUUAUUUCAGUUUAAAUAAGAUUCUUUUGCUCAUUCUUGGCUUGUGGCCGUAUCAACAAUCAAAUUUCGCUCGAUUUCAAUUUAUUCUUCUAUCUAGUAUUCUGACGACAAAUGUUAUAUUUCAGUAUAUAAUACUUUUCUUACAAAGACAGACUCCAAACUUCACCAAAGAUCUAGGUCCCAUAUUUAUGUUUACUGUCUUUAUGAUAAAAUACAACAUGUUCUCUGUUAAAGCUGUAAAGGAUUUAAUGGAACAACUACUGCAUGUGUGUAAUAAAUUAAAAGAUGAAAAAGAAAUUGCUAUUAUAGACGCAUAUGGAUGUAACGGUAAGCGUUAUACUAUUGCACUUACAGUACUUGCCGUUCUUACCAUAUCAACUUUUAUCGUUGUGUCAUUUUGGUCGAAUAUUUUGAACGUUUUUUUAUCGACAAACACAUCCAGAUCAUAUAACUUGAUCAUAUCGAAGCAUUUAAUCGAUCAAGAGAAGUAUUUUUAUUUGAUACUGCUGCAUAAUAUUAUGUCAUUUUCCAUCGGUCUAACUGCAUUAUUAGCGACAGGAACAAUGUUUUUUACGUAUCUUCAAUACGUUUGCGGGAUGUUUAAAAUUGCCAGCUACCGUAUCAAACAGGCAAUGAACGUUGACAUGCUACGAAAUCACAUUUUCAUAUUGAAGAGUUUAAUUUGCGCUGUAAAUAUUCAUCGACAAGCUAUAAAAUUGUCUAAACACUUACAAUACAGUUGCGAAACAAUGAUGUUCUAUUUAAUAGCAUUUGGAGUAGGCUCGUUGAGCCUCAAUCUGUUUCGAAGCAAUCCAUUGAUCGAUGCAUUUUUGGACUUCUUCGGAAUUGGAAAAAUGUAUCGGCGAGCGCGUGUUGUAUUGACCGGAGAAGAUAGUAAUCCGAUGAAGCCAAGUCUGGAGAAUAGAGGUUGGUGCGGGAGAAUUUCGUAUUCGAGCUUCAAUAGUUCUUUUACAAUUCUUGCAACAUGAGGUCGCGCGUUGUCAUGCAAAAAAAUCAUCUUACAUCGAUCACUGGCCUUUUUCGCAUCAAUUCAUCAUUCAAUCGAUAUAUAAUUGUUGGUAGUGGUCAGCAGUGACUGUUUCAGAAAUCAAUCGAUGAGUUUCAGCUGCAGUUUUAUUUAAAUCAAAAUAGUAAAUAAGUACAUCAAACAAACAACUUA